AGGGCGUGUCUCAACACUCUGCAGAACGAAUGGUUCCGAGCCUCCAGCCAGAAGUCUGCGUCUGCCUCCAUGGUGGAGGACUACCUGGAGAGGUUCGGGGCCGUCUCGCCAGCUGUGCUGCGCCACAUCGCCAACAUGGCCGACGGUAACGGCAACACGGCGCUGCACUACAGCGUGUCCCACUCCAACUUCCAAGUGGUGAAGAAGCUGCUGGACGCAGAUGUGUGUAACGUGGACCAGCAGAACAAGGCCGGCUACACUCCCAUCAUGCUCGCUGCUCUGGCAGCUGUGGAGACGGUGAAAGACAUGAUCAUCGUGGAGGAGCUCUUCAGUAAAGGAGACGUGAACGCUCGGGCCAGUCAGGCUGGUCAGACUGGUCUGAUGCUGGCCGUCAGUCAUGGCAGGAUGGACAUGGUCCGGGCCCUGCUGGACCACGGUGCAGACGUGAACAUCCAGGAUGAUGAAGGCUCCACAGCUCUGAUGUGUGCCAGUGAACAUGGACAUGUGGACAUCGUCAAGCUGCUGCUGGGCCAGCCGGGCUGUGACGCCUCGCUUAGUGACGGAGAUGGCAGUAACGCUCUGUCCAUCGCUCUGGAAGCAGGACACAAGGACAUCGCCGUGCUGCUUUAUGCUCACAUGAACUUCUCCAAGGUCCAGUCCCCGGGAACGCCUCGACUCGGCAGGAAGACGUCCCCCAGCCCGACCCGACGAGGCGUCUUCGAUUAGACUCCACCCCCUGCGCUGCUAUUGGUUCAGACUGACCACGCCCACUCUGUCCCUUCAUCAGAACCUGAAGCCCAUCAAUCAGCCAAUCAGGUUCCACCUGCUGCCACCUGAACCCAAAGUGUCCUUAGAGUUACUGCAGCCAUCAGAGGCCCAGAACCAUCAGGUUCUGACCCAGACCCGUCAGGUUCUGACCCAGACCGUCAGGUUCUGACCCAGACCCGUCAGGUUUCUGCCUAAAUGUUUGUUCAGAUCAACACAAAAUCAACCAAAUAUGAUUUUAUUUUGUUUAAAUUUUGUGUCGAUUUUAUUCAGGAACAACAAACUGUUGUUAGUCAAGGAACACACACAGACACACACAGACACACACAGACACACACAGACA